GAGACGCUCCCAAAAAACAAAAAAAACAUUGCUGGGAUUGCUGAAUGGGAUUUUGAACAAACUCUUGUCUGAAGCGUUUUAAUUGGCUUGAAUAGCAUUCCUUUUUUAUUUUUUUCGGACAAUCCUGAAAACUUUUUUUUGACUUUUUUUCCCCCUUCUCUCUACAGUCAGGAAGCCAAGUAAGGACUACAUUCCGCCUCGUUUCGUCUUCAGGCACAGGUGUAGUGACAGAGAUUGCCUCAUUCCCCAGGAAGUGUGGCCCGUAUGAGCUUGUUUUGCUGCCAGGCCCAAGACCAGCUACGCAGAAUGAUUGUUCACCAGCCACACCGUUUGGGCCACAACAACACCCACAAGUCUUUAAUGUCGUCAUGAGAGGUAAAGCGAAACGUGCAGGACCAAAAUAAGGCAUGCAAGGAUUCCAUCAGGGAAUACACAGCACCAGAUUAGUGAAGGCAGCGCGGCAAGUGCGCAGCAAAGCAGGACGUUGAGCUCUUCCCAGUGGAGAACAUGGACAUCCUUGAGACGGACGCCUACGACAGGCGCCAGAGAAGAAACACGUCCUGUGCUCUGCUCUUCUGCCUCACACCUUUCUUUCUGGCCUCUGCCGUGUACUUCUACGUGUGGACUCCAGGCUCGCCGGCAUCCAUCACGCUGGCGGGUGUCAAAUCAGCACCGGCGCUCCUGCUGGCCGCGACGGUGCUGAGCUGGAACGGAGGUCAGAGUGCGCCGGGUGUGGUGGGAGGACUCGUCCUCUCGGCUGUGGGCGACUGCUGCCUGGUGUGGCCUGAGCUUUUCCUCCAUGGAAUGGCUGCAUUUGCACUGGCUCACCUCCUCUACUCGCUCACCUUCCUCUCAUCCCGCUACGAGCCAUAUUCAUCCUCCUCUUGGUGGACUGGCCCGCUGUAUCUGAUCCUGGUCCUGAUUACGGGAGGUGUUUACAUAUACUUGUUUCCAUUUUUGCGGAAGAAUCCAAACUCAGAGCUCCUCACUCCCGGCGUGGGGGUCUACGUUGCCUUACUCUCAAUCAUGGCGAUAUUAGCCAUCAGAACCCGUCAUGCAUUUACACUGCUAGGAGGUUUGUGCUUCAUGCUGUCUGACUUCAUGUUGGCUUUGCAGGAGUUUAAGGUGACAGCACCUAUUGAACACAGCAAUACUGCUAUCAUGGUGACAUAUUACUUAGCGCAACUGCUUAUUAGUGUGGGGGCCAUGAGGGCAGUGGAAAACAAAAGGGACUUUGCAAAAUGGAAGAGGUCCUAGCCAGGAUCCAUGCAGCAUUCCCAAUGUUGGAAGCAUCCAUAGUAACAUAAUACUGCUUAAUACUCAUAGAUGCUGGAUCAAGUAUAAAAAUGUUUGUAUGUAUUAUUUGAU